UCAAGACUUUAUUUCCACGUCAAAGAAGCCAACAUGGACGGAGGAAUAUUGGAACCAUCUCUCUACUGCAUCAAAGCUUUGGCUAUAUUAGAUAAUGAUGGAAACCGAUUACUGGCAAAGUACUAUGAUGAAACAUUUCCUACAGCAAAAGAACAGAAAGUGUUUGAGAAAAAUUUAUUUAAUAAAACACACAGAGCUAAUGCUGAAAUAAUAAUGUUUGAAGGUUUAACGUGUGUUUAUAAAAGCAAUGUAGAUCUAUUCUUCUAUGUAAUAGGAUCAACACAAGAAAAUGAGCUGAUUUUAGCCAGUGUUUUAAAUGCUUUGUAUGAUGCUGUUAGUCAGAUUUUACGGAAAAACGUAGAAAAACGAGCGUUGUUAGAAAAUCUAGAUGCUGUGUUUUUAGCUGUCGAUGAAAUAUGUGAUGGAGGAAUUGUUUUAGAAGCAGACUCAACUGCCAUUGUUCAUAAAGUUGCUAUAAGAAAUGAUGACAUUCCGUUAGGUGAACAGACAGUAGCGCAGGUAUUUCAAUCCGCUAAAGAACAGUUAAAAUGGUCAUUAUUAAAGUGAUCUGAUUUCCAUUCAUUUUUUAUUGAUGUACAUUAUCAAAAUUAAUCAUAAAAUUAUGUGGAGAUAGAAAAUGUUGAAUAUUAAAGAGUCUAGUAAGAAAGUCAUUGUGUACAUACAUGUAAAAUAACUUAUCUCUUCUACUCAUGUAUUAUUAUCAUUAUCUAUAAUUGUGGUGUUAGUGUCUUAGGCCUUUCAUAAAAAUAUUUUGGUUCUUAGACAAUCGUUCAAAAAAAUCUGAUAUGGGAGGUUUUUGUUAUUGUGUUUUUAUUUUGUUAAAGGAUAACUGGGCUAAACGACUUAUCACAAACAUCAUAUUUGAAGGUAUUUCAUCAUGUUGUUUAUAGGAAUGUAUGAUUAUCCAGUUAUCAUUUUUGAUUGUGAAUAACAUUUAUCAGGGUUGUAUACACUUCAAAAGUUUUUUUUAUAGAGUUUCUUCCUGUAAACGGACGACAAUAUUUACAUGAGGUAAUUAAUGAGAUUGUUUUUAUUUUUUGAAUUAAAACAUUUUCCGACAUGGUUUCCCCCUUGUAAGUGGUGCAGGAUAGAUGGCCUGACAAGGAUAGCUGUCUAGUCGUUCGGAUGGCACGAAAAACCGUGGUCCUGUGUAAACAUUGGCUUGCAUGUAAAAUAUCCCUUGGCAGUUGGAUUUGAAUAUAAGAGUAGGCCAUAGCGUCUCUGCCCGGGGAAAAUUUCCCUCGUAGCACAUUGUAACAUUGUAUGGCGUAUACCUGUUUUCAUUAGCCCAGUUUAAAUAAAACAGGCUGCAGGAGUAUCUGAGAACCAGAAUAUUUUUUUAUAUGGUCUUAUCUAUAAUGGUUUAAAAUGGCUUGACCUCUUUGAUUUAGGUAAAAUACGAAAGUGUUUAUUUAAUAAAUAUUGAAUUUGGUGUUGAUCUGUUUUGUGAAACUGGUAUCAGUCUUCAUUUAAAGUUUUGAUGACUGGUUUUCAGUUCCACAGUUUAAGCCAAAAAUUAGUAAACAAACCAACUUCGACUGCAUUGAUUUAAACUUGUCAAAUCAAGUGGUCUAACACUUGCAUUUAAGGUCAUAAUGUCUGACAUUAUAGUCCAGUUGCAUGGUUUCGAUCCCAAUUUUGCAUCUGAUGAGGAUUAUGGUCGCCUGUUCAAACUUAUGGGUUUUCUCUGGGUCCCUGCCCUGGCUAAAGAACAUACAAGUGAAAUAUUUUGUACCAUAUGUUGACCCCAAAAUUACCUAGUUUGUGUAUAGUGGACUUUAAACCCUAUUCCUCACUCUCUCUUAUCAAAUAUCACCUAAUUGAAAUAAAUAACAAUUCAGAUUAACCCAAUUCAACACUUUGUUUUAACCUAAAUGAAAGGGGUUUAGCUCCUUUAAUGUAGAAAACCUGAAUAAAAAAAAACAAAAACGCUUU